UUCCGGCUGGACGUUCGGAGCGGCUGCUGCAGGUGUCGGUGGCUGCAGGUGGCCAUGGAGGCGUUCGUGCACUUCACCAACCAGACCCAGGGCCGGGAGCGGCUCUUUCGAGCCACUCAGUAUUCCUGCAUGCUGCUUAGCUAUCUGUUAGAACAUAAGCCUGGCCAAGAGCAAGUGGUCACCAAGCUCAAAGAUCUGGAGUCAAGCAUGAGUUCAGGCCGCAAGUUGUUCAGGCUUGGCAAUAUGGUGCACGCCAUCGUGGCAGUCAGACAGGCCACCCAGAUACCAAAUGUGGUUCCCUGCGUCUGCCUGAUGGCCUCCAACCUGAACCGUGCCCUGUACUUCAUCUGUGACACCGUCCUGUGGGUGAGGAGCGUGGGCCUUGUCUCUGAUGUCGACAAGAAGAAGUGGCGCGGCUGGGCGACCAAAUGCUAUUACUAUUCCCUGGUGAUCAGCCUGGCCAAGGAUUUGUAUGAGCUCUGCUGGCGCAUGGAGCUGACGGCACGCACGAGGAAGCCCGAAGAAGGCUUGUCUCCUUGUGGCCAGCGACUCCAGAGUGUGGCUUCCCUGGCAACCAGCGGGCUGCAGCCUUUUCUCCUGCUGCUCUGCCUCACGCUGAAAAACCACCCUCCCCUGUUGCUUGACGCGGUGAAGAACCUUUGUGAUCUCUCCAGUCCAUUGGACAGGCUGGGAAUCUACAAGACCAACGCUGGAGUCAUCGGACUCUGUGGUCUUCUGUCCUCUGUGGUGGGGAUCCUCACCGUCGCCAGGCCUGACCUGAGGCUGAAGCAUUGACUUAGUGUCUUCUCUGGAGGGUCACAUUGGGUAGAAUGACACAUUAAGCCUGUUGGGCUUCCUCUCCAGAAAGCUUGUUCUUUGCAACUGGGUUCAUUUCCUCCUCUUUCCUCAUGCCGCCAUACAUCGAGGUGGUCAUUGAUGGAGGUCAUUGACAUCUUGUAAAAGACUGAGCCAGAUUUCCGUGGGACUGCACAACAGCGAAAACGAAAUUGUGCAGAUCUUUCACUUGUCAAGAUUUGGGUCUAAAUGUAGCAGGGGAAUGAUGUACAUUGGAAAACGUUGUGCCUGGCUCAGGCUUCAGCUAAGGGCAGUCAAAAAAAAAAAAAUAUCUGAGACUUAACGUUGGUUUCAAAGUGGGAUUGCUUCUCAGGCCGUGUUCACUGUCGCCUCUGACCUUGUUUUGCAAGGGUAUUUUUAAUUUUCAUGGCAUUGUUUCAAAAAUUUGCAAAACCCUAUUUGACCAUGGGACAAAAGAGAUAUGUGUGCCCCAUGGGAAGCAAAGCCUUGUUAAAAACAAAACAAAGACUUCUGUCUUUGACCUUCUUUUAUCCCAGUCUUAUUUCUAGUCGCUUUGAAUUUUAUUUAAUUUAUUUUUUAAAACACAGAACUUAUUUCAUCCUUAGCAAAUUAAGACGAACAGAAGCAGCAUGAGCUUAUAGCUGCUUAUGGCCAGUGGGAAAGUCACUUUUCCGAAGUCAUUGGCCGGAAUCACACAACACCCUAACCUGAGUGUGGGUUGUUAUUGAACUGUGGGUUAUCUUGCUGUCUGAACACAGCCUGUUUUCCACAGGGUGGCUUGUUAACCACCCUGAACAAUCCGACAACAAACCAUGGGUUCUCAAUGUGGUUUGUUUGAGAAAAAUAAGCUACAAUGCAUGGUUAACAAGCCACCCUGGGGUAAACGCACUGCAUUCAGAAAACACGAAACACUCAGUGGUUGAGUGUGGGUUAGUGUGUUGUGUGAACCCAGCUACCAGAUGCAAAUUUUCCCUGUAGGGUUGCU